AUGCUAGAAUAUGAUCAGGAGAAAAACCUGUUUGACGAAGAAAGCAUUUCUCAAGUUCGAACAUGUAAAAAUCAAGUAGAAAUUUCCCAGGAGGAAGAAGAGGAGGAACUCGACAACGCAAUCGAGAUCUUGGUCAAUGAGAAGAAAGUAUGGGAGGAGGCAUUCAAUGCUGCAAAGCUUGAGAUAGAGGAAAAAAAUUCAGAAAUAGAGAGUUUGAAGAAGCUAUUAAAUGAAAAGAAUCAGCUGGAAAUGCAAAGAGAACAUAAUAAAAAUUGUAAUUUACUCAAAGGACCGUUUGAAUCAAGCAUCGAUAGUAAUAAAGCUGUUGUGAAUAGUAACUCCACGUCGAAGAUAUCAAAAUCCAUGGAGGAUUACAUGUUUGAAGAAUUCAUCAACAUUGCAAUAGAAGAAACUCAGAUAUUAGACGAUAGUGACGCACUUAUUUCCAAACUUGAAUCUUCUGGAGACAUUGAAGAUGCAUAUAGAUUGAUUUUUCGAUCUUUUGUGGAGUUAAGUUUAAACAACCAAUCACAAGAGCAAAGAAUAGAGUUGUUAAAUGAAGAGUUAAGCGCUACACAAGAGGCUGUUCAGAAUCUUCAUAAGACGAUACAAGACUCACAAAAUAGCUCUAAGCUUAUUUCGGUUGCAUACACAUCUCAAAUAAAAUCUUUACAGGAAGACUUGUUAAAUGCUUGUAAGGAUAUUGAUUUCUGGAAGGAACAGUGUGAGCAAUUAAGUAAAGGUAAUUGUCUUUCCAUUCAGAACGAGAAGUCGUCUUCAGAAGAGAAUUUUCAAGGAUUUGACCCAACUGAGUGGUGCAAUCUUGGGUCUGGAGCAAGUACAAUUGUCCAAGUGGAAACUUCACCAGAUUCAUAUUGGUGGUUCAUAUCAUAUUAA